UUUCAUUCAUUCGUUCAAAUGCGAGCGUGAUUAUGCGUGCGGUGCGGCUUAUGUAAAAAUACGGUUUUAAAUCACUCAAAACAUCUCAAUAUGCUGAUCAAUCAGUUGUCUAGCACUUCAAAACUUUUACUAAGUAGAACAACAUUCCUCGAUUCUAUCUCAGUAACCGCUCGGCACGCAUCGAAAAAAACCGGAGGCAGUACCAGAAACCCACCGAAUCACGGGCGACCCAAACAUCGGGGCUGGAAGGUACAAGAUGGCCACUUUGUUUCGGCGGGUUCCAUUUUAGUUACGCAACGGACCCCUCGAUUCCAUCCCGGCUUAAAUGUCGGUUUCGGUAAAAAUGGAACCCUUUUCGCUAUGGAACACGGGAAAGUGUAUGUGACCUGUGAAAAGCUAGACCCAAACUGGGAUCACACCUGGGUGCAGCGAAUCUACGGGGGUCGCGAAAAUCAAACGAUCUACAAGAAAUUCUUCAACGUGGUCCCAGUCGAACAGCACCAGAGGUUUAAACUGGUCGAUGAAGUAUAGUCCUGGAUACUUGUUAUAGCCUGUAUUGGUGGAAACGUUGAGAAUAUAGUUAAUAAAUAAAUAACCUUAA